UUUCGAAGUUACCUGGCACUUAUUGCACAACCCUCAUCUAUCGUCGAGCUUCUUUUUAAUCAUACUUACGUACAUAAUUUAAAGUGACCUUUGGAAGCAAAUUUUUGAAGAUUGUACGCGUACUGGUAUUACACCAAAGUGAUCUAUUCAGCCACAUUUUUAUACCAAGCCAAGUUACUACCAGGUUUCAAUUAAUGCAAAUGAUACUUACGAAAGCUUUUGCUAUCAGUUGCAAUUACGUCUGAUACCUGCUUGGAGAGAUUUUUCAGUCUUUCUUCAGCGAUUGUUGUGAUCAGUGCUGUACUGAUCGCCAAGCAGCGUAAAUCUAUUUAAAAUAUAAACACUUUUUAGCAUAACACGUUAAUCAUGACUUCGUUGGCGGAGUUGAAAAAACUCACAAUUGUGCAUUUAGGCAUAGCCGUAACCUUCUUCAUAUCGGGUUUGGUGAUAAAUUUGGUGCAGCUGAUACUGUAUAUCGCUUUGAAACCCUUCAACGUCGCGCUCUUCAGACACAUCAUGUACUAUCUCUGCUAUUCACUGUACUCUCAGUUGAUAUUCAUUGCCGAAUGGUACUCAAAUAGUACACUACAUUUAUACAUCGAUCCAGAGGAAUUGGAAAAAUUCUGUGGCGAGGAGCAUGCUAUGAUUAUUCAGAAUCAUUCAUAUGAAAUUGAUUGGCUGUGCGGUUGGAUGUUUGCCGACAAAGUAAAAUGUUUGGGCAAUUGCAAAGCAUAUGCAAAGAAAGCUAUUUCUUAUGUGCCUGUAAUGGGUUGGGCAUGGAAAUUCGCUGAAUUUGUAUUUUUGGAACGUUCGUACGACAAGGACAUUGAGAUAAUUUCACGUCAAUUAAAAGAGGUAUUUGCUUAUCCUGAUCCCGUAUGGCUGCUGCUCAAUGCUGAGGGUACACGUUUCACACCAAAGAAACAUGAAGCUUCCGUUAAAUUCGCGGAGGAACGUGGUUUACCCGUAUUGAAACACCAUUUGAUACCACGUACAAAAGGUUUUACAACAAGCCUACCAAGCAUGCGUGGUCGCUGUCCCGCCAUUUAUUCCACUACUUUAGCCUUCAGAAAGGAAGCCAAGAAUGCACCGACUAUUUCCACACUGCUCAACGGAUACUCUGUCGAAGGUCAUUUGCAUGCACGUCGUAUUCCAGUGGAAAGUGUGCCGGAAAAUGAAAAGGAGGCGGCUGAGUGGUUACAUAAUUUGUAUCGCGAAAAGGAUCGUUUGGUCGACAGCUUCCACACAACUGGCAAUUUCUUUGAUGCUUCUGGCUUAAAAGAGGUGCCCGUUACUGUUUUAAAAUAUCGCCCAUGCAGUUUAAUCAACUUUGCUCUCUGGGCUGUAUUUUCGAUAUCGCUGGUACUUUAUUAUUUGAUAUCUUCACUUUUAUCACAAAAUUGGAUCGGUCUUUCGAUUGCUGUGGGCAUACUUGUGGCAUUCUACAUACUAAUGGUUAAAUCAAUCAAUAUGUCAAAAAUCAGCAAAGCUUCAUCCUACGGUUCCGAAUCGAAAGCGGACGCAAAGACGAAGUAAUUGCUCUGAGCUUGCAUGCUUAUACAUACACAUGUACGUCUGCAUCUCUGCGAGCGAUUACCAAUUACAAGUUUUACAAACAUGAGAACGUAUGUAUAUAGCCAUAAAUUUACUUUCGUAAUACGAGUAUGAGCAAUGUGUUUGCUUCUAAAAUUUGAUGAGUAUAAGGGGACAAAGUUCAACAGAAUUUUUAAUUCGUGUUCCCCAUUACCUGCACUACAUGUAAAAAUGUACAUACAUACUACAUGUACUUAUUAGUCAUGUUAGUGGACAGCCAAUUGAAAUUAUUUAACAUCGUGAUCAUAAUAUUCUGAUCAUAAAUAAUUACUACUGACCUUUGAUAAACAACAUGAAUUUGUUGUUUGUAGGCUGUAAGCCAUUGUACAAUGACCGUCAAAAUUACGAUUUAUACUGUGGUUGCCGAAAAAAAUGUUAAAAAAUCUUAACAUUUAUAUAGCUUUAGAAAUCGACCAAAAGUGUGUAAUUGACUAUAUUUCCAUUUGCGAAUACUUUUAUAUUUAUAUAUAAACGGACUAAUUAGAAAAGCACAUACGAGCACUUGUUCAUUUUUUAGACUGCAGAAUGAUAUUGAAAUAAAGCGCAAGGAUACGUGUUUUAAGCUUAAACCUAAUUGUGAUCAAUUUUGGGUUUUAUUUGAUUUAGGAGAAAAUAUAAAAAUACAUAUUAUAAAUAUGUAUGUAUAUUUGCAAAUUUAUAAUUUGCUCAAAUUUUGUGCCAAUGGUGCGGGUUCUACGUUCAAUAAAAAUUGGAGAUGGCAUUAAUUAAUAAUUUCAUAAAAUGCUAAUUUGUUUUGCAUGCUUUCUCUAAUUAUUAAGUAAAAUAGUAUGCACACAAAAAAACACAUUAAAAACUUAAAAUGUUGGCUUAUAGAAAAGUGACCGUAUAACAACAGUUUGCAUUUUAAGUCUGGCUUGUACAGAAUCUUCCAAAAAUGUUGUGCCAGUUAUACAGGCAAUUUAAUUUUACUCAUUUAUCGACAAUUUACUUUUUGAUUUUUCACUGAAUAAUUGUAAUUGAUAAACAUACAUAUUAGAUUGGUAGAAAUGUAACAAUUCAAACAAAUAUUAUGAACUUAUAAAUAUUGUACUUCUUACAACCAUUAAUGAUAUUCACAAUAAAAUUAUAUUGAAAUUUCGGUUUUAAAAAUAAA